UCCCGUAAUGCGAGAAGUCUUUGUGGGAAGCGGCGGAGCAAGCAGCUGCCUUUCUUGCGCUCGCCUGAACAUUACUGGAGGAGAAGCCACAGCAGCCUACAGAGAGGUUUUCAUACGAGCAAAAUAAGAUAUAAAUGGACCAAAAGUGAAGCUCAUUCUUGCAGUAGGCACUGUUACUCUCCAAGCAGCCAUGGUUUACAUUUUGGAAUUUUGAGACUUAGCACUUCUGCUCCCAAGGGACUUACAAAAGCGAACCUUCGUAUGUCCCGUAUUAAAAAUACUUUGAACUCUGUUUCGAAGGCUGUUUUUGGCAAGCAGAAUGAAAUGAUCUCUCGUUUAGCUCAACUUAAGCCAAGCUCUCGAAUAUUCAGAAAAGUGUCAGAUAGUGGCUGGUUAAAACAGAAAAACAUUAAACAAACCAUCAAAUUUCUGAAAAAAUACAGCAACAAAUCAGCAGAAGAGGGUUCUUUUUCAGCAAAGGAAAGUCACGUUAUGGAGAAAGAAGAUACAGGUAAGCAAAGCCUCUUUCAUUACACGAAUAAUCUAACCACGAAAUUCGGAGAGUCAUUCUACUUUUUAUCAAGUCAUAUUAAUUCAUACUUCAAGCGUGAGGAAAAAAUGUCUGAACAAAAGGAAGAUAAACAUUUCCAGGACAAAUCAGAACUGGAGCUUAAAAAGACUGAAGACGAGAAACCCAGUUCUCCAGAUCCUGGCGUCCUGACUGAUAAGAAUCUGGGCUCAGAAGCUUCUUUAUAUUCUGAGGACAAUGCUGCAAGUCCCAGUGGGACGCCCGAGGUUCUUCCCAUUUCUACUAAACAAAGUAUUGCCAACUUUCUUUCUCGUCCCACUGAAGGUGUACAAGCUUUAGUAGGUGGUUAUAUUGGUGGACUUGUCCCCAAACUAAAGUAUGAUUCAAAGAGUCAGUUAGAAGAGCAGGAAGAGGCGAUGAAAGCUGAGCAGGCCAUCAGCAAAGACAAAAAUGCAGAGGAGAAAAGGCGGUUAUCUCUUCAGCAAGAAAAGAUAAUUGCCAGAGUGAGUAUUGAUAACAGAACCCGGGCAUUAGUUCAAGCGUUAAGAAGAACAACCGACCCAAGGCUCUGCAUUAACAGAGUUGAAGAACUGACGUUCCAUCUUCUAGAAUUUCCUGAAGGAAAAGGAGUGGCUGUCAAGGAAAGAAUUAUUCCAUAUUUACUACGAUUGAGACAAGCUAAGGAUGAAACUCUUCAGGCUGCAGUCAGAGAAAUUUUGGCCUUAAUUGGCUACGUGGAUCCAGUGAAAGGAAGAGGAAUCCGGAUUCUCACAAUUGAUGGUGGAGGAACAAGGGGUGUGGUUGCUCUUCAGACCCUACGAAAAUUAGUUGAACUUACUCAGAAGCCAAUUCAUCAACUCUUUGAUUACAUUUGCGGUGUAAGCACAGGUGCUAUAUUAGCCUUCAUGUUGGGAUUGUUUCAUAUGCCCCUGGAUGAAUGUGAGGAACUUUAUCGAAAAUUGGGAUCAGAUGUGUUUUCACAAAAUGUCAUUGUUGGAACAGUCAAAAUGAGUUGGAGCCAUGCAUUUUAUGACAGUCAAACAUGGGAAAACAUUCUUAAGGAUAGAAUGGGAUCUUCACUAAUGAUUGAAACAACAAGAAACCCCAUGUGUCCUAAGGUAGCUGCAGUAAGUACCAUAGUGAACAGAGGGAUAACGCCAAAAGCUUUUGUGUUCAGAAACUAUGGACACUUUCCUGGAGUCAACUCUCACUAUUUGGGAGGCUGUCAGUAUAAACCGUGGCAGGCCAUUAGAGCCUCAUCUGCUGCUCCCGGCUACUUUGCAGAGUAUGUGUUGGGAAAUGAUCUUCAUCAGGAUGGAGGUUUGCUCCUGAAUAACCCUUCAGCGUUAGCAAUACACGAGUGUAAAUGUCUUUGGCCAGACGUCCCAUUAGAGUGCAUAGUGUCCUUGGGCACUGGACGUUACGAGAGUGACGUGAGAAACACCGCGACACACACGAGCCUGAAAACCAAACUGUCUAACGUUAUCAACAGUGCUACAGACACAGAAGAAGUCCAUGUAAUGCUUGAUGGUCUGUUACCGCCUGACACCUAUUUUAGAUUUAAUCCUGUUAUUUGUGAAAACAUACCUCUAGAUGAAAGUCGAAAUGAAAAGCUGGAUCAGCUGCAGUUGGAGGGGUUGAAGUACAUAGAAAGAAAUGAAGAAAAAAUGAAAAAACUUGCAAAAAUAUUAAGUCAAGAAAAAACAACUCUGCAGAAAAUUAAUGAUUGGAUAAAACUAAAAACUGACAUGUAUGAAGGCCUUCCGUUCUUUUCAAAAUUGUGAUGAGUGUGUGCAUAUAUAGCCUCCUAACUGAAUGCCUGUUUAGAAGAUUCACAGAAUU